UCACACACGCACCCUCCCUCUUCAAGGCACCCUGUGCGACCUCUCACCAUUGGCCAAGUCCCGGAGCCCUCAGCAUCUCCAUCACGGCUGACGGGACCAUUCGGGAAAGCAGGAGACAGAGGUGGACUAUGAGGAUGCUUGUGCGGCUUCUGUUCGGACUCUUCGUCCUCAAAGCGGCGGUGGCCAGCCCCAGAUUUUCCCGGCAAGCACACUUAGACACAUACAGUAGCACUAACUAUGAUGACAAUUUCAAUUUGGAGAGCGACUACGAGGAUGUCCUGACGAUUGGUGAGCCUCAGAUAGAGAUUGGAACACUGCCCCCACCUGAAUAUGAGGGCUCACUGGAAACACAGAACGAAGUGGAGCAGCCGAAGGAAGAAGAAGAGUUGCCUCUAAAACCCCAGCUAGUCCCUCAGGGUUCGGGAGGAUCUGGGGUUCUCAUGGGCCCAGACACACAGAAAGAUAUGCCCAUUUGCUUGCUGUGCACGUGCCUUGGUGGUUCAGUCUACUGCGAUGACUUGAAUCUGGAUAGUGUGCCCCCUCUCCCCAAAGACACCACUCACUUCUAUGCUCGCUACAACAGAAUCAAAAAGAUCAACAAGUCUGACUUUGCCUCCAUGAACAAACUGAAGAGGAUUGACCUGACCCACAACGAGAUAACAUCCAUUGAGGACAGAGCUUUUAUGGGUCUGCCUGAACUGGAGGAGGUGGUGAUUCGAGAAAAUCACAUCUCCCAGCUGCCAUCUUUCCCAGAGACUAUGACCCUGAUUGAUGCCAGCCACAAUAACAUUGGCUCAAAGGGUAUUCAUAGAGAGGCAUUCAAAGAUAUGACUGGCCUGCUGUACCUGUACCUAACAGACAACCACAUUGAUUAUAUCCCAGUGCCUCUACCAGACAGCCUGCGGUCUCUGCACCUACAGCGUAACAAUAUUCAAAUGAUGCACGAGGACACAUUCUGCAACCUCCAAGAUUUCAGCUACAUCAGAAGAGCACUGGAGGACAUCCGCCUGGACGGCAACCCCAUCAACCUCAGCAGAACCCCACAGGCAUACAUCUGCCUGCCCCGUAUACCCAUCGGGGAUCUCAUUUAACCACACAAAUACAAACACAUGCACACAUAUUUGUACAUAUUAACAGCCCACAUACGAUUCAUUCACUCGUCAAUCCAAAAUCUCAUUUACAACAGUGCCUUACCAAUAAACUGUCAUACAUGCUGCUGGAUAUAACACCAUUUAGAUUAAUUAUCAGCCUGAAAACACAGAAAUUAGUGAGUGUAAUUCUGCUGACCAAGCACAUAUUCACUGCUCUACUCCAUCUUCAUCCCGUUGUUCGGAUAUUUAUCCCAGGGCACACAACAGCACGCGUACACACCAAAAGAUAUGGAUACUCAUAUCCAUAUCCACACACACAGACAUUCACACAAGAACGUUGUCAAAAGCCAAACUGUCCCACAACUUUAUUAAAAGUGAACAACAGGCAGUAUUUACAGAAAAACAAAUCUAUUAAAAGCCCUCAAAUGUCAUGUAUGUGUUUGUUUUCACAAUUGGCAGAAAAAUGACAACAGUCUUUAAAUGUAUUUGUUUUGUAAAAAAAUAUAAUGUUAUUAAUAAUAAAUGUAAUAACUUUCGGCAAUGUAUGCUAGAAUAUAGUUAUCAAAGCUGGAGCUUGAUAAAAAGUCAAUUGAGUAUCUAAUGCAAUAAAAUGUGCAUUUUAAACACACUCAGUGGUUGUAAAGUCUGUACUGUAAUAUAAAAAAAUAUAUAUUCUGAUCAUGAAAAGGGUGUUUUUUUUUUAAGUGAACUGCAAUUUUCAGUAUAUUACACUACAAAAAAGUGAUGUUUUAACCAUGCACAAUAGCCGAUACCAACGACUCUGAUGUGUAGAGUCAGUCAACAAAACACUAUUGUUUAAUAUGGGGACGGGAAGCUGUUGAUUUUGAUUGUGGAUGGGGUAAAGAAAAAUGCUAACAGGUUGCUAUUGUGUGCUCUGUAUGGAAUAACCACAAGUGAAUAAAGUCAUUUUGAAGACCUC